AGUGCACAGCUGAUCAGUGGCCACGACGGACGGUCUCAUCGCUUGUUCGUGCUUUGAAACCUUCGAAAACGACAGAAAAGUUACUGUUAAUCGCGUCACCGUACAGUGACAGUUGAAAUUCGAAUACUCGACAGGUGGGAAAAAGUUGCACCGUCUGCGAAAGUGUCUUCGUUAAGUGUUCGAAGUGUGCGUUACCGUUCCUCGUUCGUUGGACAUUUCCAAUGGUUGCCGUCCGGUAGGCCUUGCCAGGAGGAUGGGGGCCCACGAUGGGGGAGUGCCAUUGCUCUAACAUCGCUAUCAUGCAGCUGUUCCAUGAGCUGAAGCAGCAGUUCCCUGCGCUCCCUGAUCACGUCGUCUCCCAGUGCAUUGCCCAGAACAGUCACGAUCGGGAGACAUGCGCGAGGAGCCUGCGCGCCACCCAAGAGUCACGACCGUCUCCGGGCGCAUUCCCACCGGCUGCUCUCUGCGGCGUGCUCCAGCAGCAACAGCAGCAACAACCGUCGCCACAGCAACACCCACAGCAGCAACGAACGAGCUUGGCAACGCAGCAACGUUGCUGCGCUAUGAGCCUGGCGCAACGAACCACAGCGACAAGUAGCAACACGCGAGCACACAGACCAGCCUCACUGGACAUCGGCACCACGCGACGCUGCCCUCUCAGCUGUACACGCGCGAACACGAUAUCGGCGUCGUCCCCAAUCGCGGCUAACCCUGCCACCCCCUUCUCGGCGCCGGCUGCCUGCCCCAACAGAAGCUUUUUCGACGAUUGCACGGGCCCAGCGGACGCCAACUGCACCAAUCACAUCCAGAACGCGGGGAAGGAGCCACCUGGAUUCGAGCUGAACGUUAACGUUGCCUGCAGUCCUGCCGGCAAUCGCGAUUUUCGAACGGUGCCGACGAUUGGCGGCGUCUGUAAACGAAGCGAAUUGAUCAUCGAUCCGCGGUCACAUUACGCGGAGCCGGUGGUGAACGUGGAAAACACGGGUCCGCAGAUCGAUCACACACGAAGCUACACGUCGGUCAGCCUGACGCUGAGGCCGCCGUCCUCGGAGCCUCAACCUCCGAUCGACAUCAGAUCGCAGGGCUCGAGUCUGACCUACUCGAGCUCCUCCCUCGAUCCUCGGGGUUUUCAGAGUCGCUUGCAGAUCAGCAUCGGCGCAGGAGCCGUUGGCAGCGUGGCCGCUGCGAGGAUCAGACCGCCCAUGGGCUCCAGCAGGCCAAACAGCUUGAUACCACCAGUUCAAACCGGUCCUCAGAGGCCACCAGGUCUUCCAGCAGGACCACCUAGCCAGUUGCCGAGGCCCACGACGACUAUGAGCGCUCCAACCACACCUUCUGUACCAUCGACAACGAACAUCGUUCCUACCAACAGCCUUCCAACGACACCGUCAGGACCGACGACGACCUCGCCACCCUCUAGUCCCGUUGGCGAACGAAUACAGCCCAAUUCCGAUCAGAAUCGAUCGCCGUUGAAUCAAGUGGCGGAGCACCAAAGGAAAUUGGUAGCUGAGCAGUUAGCCAGAAAGGAAAGACUCGCCAGGGAACUGAGGGCCGAGAAAGGACGACUCGAAGCAAUGAAGAAAGAACUGCAGUCUCUCACAAGGCCAUACGAUUCCAUGCCGCCACAGGAGCUGAAGCUGAAGCUGAGAAGCGAAAUUUAUCAGCUGCAGCUCGAGUGUGACAGACUAGCAGACGAAGUGGAUCAGUGGUCGGACCCAAGAGUACCGCUGGGUGAAACGAAUGAAGAGUUUUAUCAGGACAUUUACACCGGUCAGCCUCUACCACCGGUACCUGGCAGUUUUAAUCCACCGCCUUUGCCAAGUCAACCUCCUGCCUGGCGAUCGGAGCUGACCGGUAACAACGUCGACAGAGAUGAACGAGAUGGUCCCUCUUGGGUCUGUAGAAUGUGUACAUUUGGUAAUCAUCCGUUGAUGAACAAAUGCGAACAAUGCGACAUGCCGAGACUGUUGGAUCAUGGAAACACAGGUACGGCUACGGAGAAAUCGAUAGGGGAACUUUCAACCUCGUUAAAACGCUUCGUCGUCGCUCCACCGCCCCCUCCACCACCGGAAUGAUAGACUGACGUGUGUGCCUUAACAGCAUGUGUUUUUUUACGUGAUACUUUUGGCGAAUUGACUGACUUUUACGCUUCGAAUACUGUGACGGAAGUGCACAACCAAAGGUGAUAUUUGUUAAUUACUAAUUAGAAUACUUGCUCAUGAAAAUUGUAUACGUGUCCAUUUACGGUAGCCGCAAAUGAAGUGGAAUGGCAUAAUACGAAUAAAAUAAUUCUUUUGGGUUGUCCAGAAAGUUCGUGUCAAUUUUUAAGAAAAACUCAAAGGCACAUUUGAAUGUUGACAUGUAUUUUCCAGACAACCCAAUAUAACGUACUUAAUGUUAAAAGUAAUAGCUGGUUCUGUGAUUUUUUAAUUAAUUUACUUGAAAAUAAUGUAGAUUUAAACUUAGUAUAGGCGCAUGUCUAAUGUGUUGGUGUACUAUAAUUUACUUGAAUAUUAUUAAUAGUUUGGUAUCGC